GGCGAGGCGGCGCCGGGAGCCUCCACCCCCGGCCCACCCUGCCCGGGCUCAUCAUGUGACGCGGGAUUGAAGUGGACCUAGGGACAAAUAGAUGACUGAAUAUUCAUAUGAAGAGGAAAGCCAUAAAAGACAUCAGCGCCUUGGAGAACAGAAUGUUAAUGCUUGAUGGGAUGCCGGCAGUCAGAGUCAAAACAGAGCUGCUGGAAUCCGAGCAAGGGUCUCCAAACGUCCACAAUUACCCAGAUAUGGAUGCUGUACCCUUGUUACURAACAACAUGAAGGCAGACCCCGCAGAGGAUUCAUUAUCAACAGACCAUUUCCAAACACAGACUGAACCAGUGGACUUGUCAAUAAACAAAGCCAGGUCGUCUCCUACAGCAGCUUCAUCUUCACCAGUUUCCAUGACAGCAUCAGCCUCCUCCCCUUCUUCYACUUCUACUUCUUCUUCUUCUAGUCGGCCAGCUUCAUCCCCCACAGUAAUAACAUCAGUAUCCUCAGCAGCAUCUGUACCGUCAGUAUUAACUCCAGGUCCUCUUGUGGCCUCUGCAUCUGGUGUUGGGGGCCAGCAGUUUUUGCACAUUAUCCAUCCAGUACCACCUUCAAGUCCCAUGAACUUGCAGUCCAACAAAAUGAGUCACGUGCACCGCAUCCCCGUGGUGGUACAGUCGGUACCUGUUGUCUAUACAGCUGUGAGAUCACCUGGGAAUAUGAACAACACUAUUGUAGUACCACUGUUGGAGGAUGGGAGAAGCCAUGUCAAAGCACAAAUGGACCCCCGAGGCCUAUCUCCCAGACAAAUUAAAAGUGACAGUGAUGAUGACGACCUGCCAAAUGUGACCUUAGAUAGCGUUAAUGAAACUGGAUCCACAGCGCUCUCCAUAGCCAGAGCAGUACAAGAAGAGAGCAUGUGGGGCUGUGCCAGGUCAGCUGUUAACCCUUUUCGUUUUUUCAACUCCAGUUCAAUUUCACCAUUCAGUAUUGAGAGCACAAGGCGUCAGAGGAGGUCUGAGUCUCCAGACUCCAGGAAGCGGCGCAUCCAUCGGUGUGACUUUGAGGGAUGCAACAAAGUGUACACAAAGAGUUCCCACCUGAAGGCUCACCGGAGAACGCACACAGGAGAAAAACCCUACAAAUGUACCUGGGAAGGCUGCACCUGGAAGUUUGCUCGAUCCGACGAACUGACGAGGCAUUACCGCAAGCACACGGGRGUGAAGCCAUUCAAGUGUGCAGACUGUGACCGCAGCUUCUCCCGCUCGGAUCACUUGGCGCUCCAUCGCCGCAGGCACAUGCUGGUUUGAGAAACGCUACCUGUUCCAGCCGAGUUUAAGAGCUGGGUCUCUUAACUACCCGCAGUGAAUUCAGCAGGGCUGAAUCCCCCUCUACAGUGUUAACAGGCAGGGCUUUCCCUGACACCUGUAACAAAAAAUAGUAACAGAAAUCAAAAAAUAAGCAGGAAAAGAAGUGCCAUUCUUCUCCUCGCCGUCUGAAGUUAACCCUGUCUGCCCCUCAGCAUGGCUACCCCCUGAAAGUGUCAUCACAAUCACCUGGGAAAUAGCAGCCGAAAUGCUACAGGAAUGGGCAUUAUUUUACAUGCUGCAUCCUUUGACAAAAAAAUGUUUAUAGCUUGUAUGUUUUCUCAGCUGCCAGACAUUUUGUUCCUGAAAAAUCACUGCUGGUUGGAGGAUAGAUACCACAAAGCGAUGAUGACGAUGACGAUGAUGAUGAUGAGAGCAAGACCGCUAGAUCUGUAUUAUGCCAUCUUUUCCCCUUGUUUUCAAUACCAUCUGGCCAGUGUCAGCAUUGCACUCGAGCUGCGCUACAGACAAGCUGCGUGUGAGUAGGCAAGAAGAUUCUGCUGGAGAGGUCCCACUGCCAGARCUGGAGGGUUGCUUGAAUCAGACUUUUGCAAUAAUGAUGGUGGCAUUUUAAUAUAGUACCACAAUUUGUCAUUAUGCUCUAGAGGACACCAGCCAUUUAAUCUUUUUCUUUUCACUUUUUUCCUUCUUUYCUUUCGUUGUUGUCGUUGUUAAAGUCUGUAAAAUAAGCAAAGGGCAGCAGCAUCUCUACUGAAGUACCAUAUUAAGUAUCUGUAUUUUACCAUGGACUUCUUUAGAACCAUUUUCUGAUUUGUGUAGAAAGAGCCCACUUAAAAACUACUACCCUGUUCUCAAUGUGCAGUUUUCUUUUAUGCAGGUAUCCUCUUCCCCACAACCAUUAUUUGAACACAAGGAAAUAGUCAGAUCUUGUACUUGCUGGUACCAAGGUUAGUGGUAUAGCCAUUCGUGAAAUGGAAUUGAAUGUAUCAUCAAAACAAAACAGAGAAGAAACAACUGCAUCUGUUGCAGAGAAAAAGCAAUAAUGAAUAAAAUGGCUCUYGAGACAAUAAUCUACUCCACACCAACACAAGUGGGGACGUGCAGAAACAGCAUGUAAGAUUUAAGCAUUUAAGUUAAUAUUUUUGAUGAUUUCACUGACCUGCUAGGUACCACAAUUAAGUACUUUCAUUUCCUUUAACAUAACACGUAUGUCUGGAAAGCAGGAACGAUACAGGAAAGAGUUGAUUGUUGAGGAGUUAGUGGAUGAACUGUAAGUAGGACAGAGAAAUAUUUCUGCAGUGGUGCUCUGCAAGACAUUAGAUUGCUCCCUGGGARUUAGGGAAUAACUAGAUUUUGCCAGCUGUCUAGUAUGAUAUAAAUGGCCCUUUAUAUGGGUACCAGUGGCUGCCUCUGCUGGGAUUUUCAAUCCAAGCCUUUUCAGAUUAAAUAAAAGGAAAUUCUUGAUCAUUCCCAUACAGCCUUAUAAUUGCAAACCAAUUUGUAUUAAUUGAAUUAUGUAGGAAAGAGAGAAACUCUUAGUCAUCAGUUACUCAUGCAAACAGAAUAGUGUUUUUCUGUUUUCUUUCCUUACAAGGAUCUGUCUAUUCAGCUAAAUUUGACAAAGGGGAGGCUUGGCAAUAUUUUUUAAGUGUUGAGAUUUCCAUAGCUUAGAGAUGAAAGAUGUAUAUAUAAAGGACUUUUGCAAUGCAUUUAAUUAUGAAUAUUUGGUUCCAGGAAUUGCACAGAUUAAAAUUCUACUACCACUUGUUCAUUUUUAAAUGUUUGAUCAUCUCAGUUAAUAUCAGAUUCCCAAAAUAAACAUUGUAAUAAUGUUGGGGGGGGAUUCUGAAAUCAAGGUAAUCUUUAAGAAAAAACAGCACAGAGUACCCAUAUAGAUAUGAAAGAAAUUACAAUUAAUUGAGGAUUAAUAUGACUGGGAUAAUACUUUAUAGCAGCAGUCAAAGAUACCAGAGUCUGAUUGUCUUUAAAUAUCCUUAAUAUUCCCCAGUACAGAUAGCUUAUCAGCCCUCUCUAAGAACUUACUACUGUUAAAGCUCAGGCUUCCCACUGCCGAGUGGUCAGCAGAGAAACUCAACACAAGUUAUUCAUGRCCAUUGUGGAAAAAAUGCCUCUAUCAAUUCCCAUUGGCCAUGUUGGUCAUCUACUUCCACCAAAUUCAAUGACAUUUUAGAAUCCAUCUCCAAAUCAGGGAUAAAUAAGGGCUUCUGGAUAGGCCAUGAGGCGUUGCAGGGCAGCAGAACUGUGUCUUUGCCAGCAGUGCGACUGCUGUUGGUUUAAAAAACUGGUUGUCAUAGUAUUUUGUGUGAGGUGCUUCAUGGAUUGUGUCUGAGGUCUGUUUUUUGUGUACUUCAGUAUCAUCCCCUUAAAUGCAUUUGUCAUUCUUGGCAUUUAGGGAAAGAAAUCAGGUCAGGUAGAAGACAAUGGUAAAUUUUUUUUCCUGCCCAAGAAUAUUUUACCAAUUAAUUAUUUGAAUAGCAGUAAUUCAGUUGAAGAAACAAUGGCAUACAAAAUUCCUUUUGGGAUCUGUGAUUUUUUUUCUCUCUCUAGWAAAUUAGGUUUGUUUGAGCAGAAACUCUUCAUGGACAUUCUGUUAGCAUACAAGAGGAUGUGAUGUUCCUUUCAAAGGCAAGGUGCAAGAGGGAGAGAUCAGUGUUCCUCUUUAGGCUUCCCCUGUAGUCAAUAAAAACAGAAAAACUACAAGAGAAAUGGAGAGGCCUUCAGUUUUAGCAUUCAGCUUUGAAAUGCCCUGUGGAGGAGCAUAUGUAUCACAGAUCCUGGAGAGGCUCAUCUCCCAAGGCUAAGGUUGGUCUGUGUGAAUCCCUGUUUUUUCAGCUGGUUGCCUGUUACUUUAUGCUUUGGAAACACUGCAACUGAAGAGGGUAUGGUUUUAUUCAAAGAACUCCAAAGAGACAGAGGCUUAAAGCAACACUCAUGCCAAGGGACACAGGCAUGGAGUGUGGCAAGAGUAGCAGAGUGAAGCCAAAAAGUGAAGGAGUGUGUGCUACAUUUUGUUAUUUSCCAGGCUGGAAGUACAUCCUCAACCUUUCCAGCCCACAUGCAAGGGCUUGUCAUGCUGCCAUUACCUGYAGAUGACUUCCAUAACCAGCAGUGUCCACCACUGGGUUUCAGAUACCCAGUGCAGUUCUUGACAAGGUUCUCAUUCAUACCAGCUUCUGCAGAUUUGAUCCCAGUUACUCUGAGGUUGUUUUCUGGUUUUUGUCCCCUUUGGAAGUGUUUGAAGAGAAGUUACUCAAUGGGAUGGGGGUGUUUGAAUGUGGAGCUGAUGUCCCCCAGAUCCUCAGUGUGUCCUUGCCUUCAUUGGCUGUGGUUCAGACCUGCCAAAUUUCUCUGCUUGGGCAAAGGCCAUGGGCAAUUGCUCCAGGGUAGUUUCCUCUAAAAUCCUGGUACCCCACCACAGGUCUGUGACAUUUGAUGGUUGUGGCAAAGGCUUGCAUCAUGUGUAGCAUGCAGAAAUACCAAAUCUCAUCCUGACAUGACACAGUAGGUCGGUCUUCACUGAGCAGUUGGGAGACACAAAUAUACAGUGGCCCAUUCUUUCAGAAAGAGAGAGUUUCAGUCCACUGUGGCAKCAUCCAUUACAGCUUUUAAGGGAAAUUAUGCCAUGAAGUGUCAGACUUCAUGUCUCAAAAGUUCUAAAUGGGUUUGUCAGGAAAUCUCAGUAGCCAGCAUUUUUGGAAAAUGUUAUGAGCAAACAGCUUUGAUACAGAACUUUUAAAAUUUUAAAUUGUCAUUAUUUUUUGAGCACCUGUUACAUUCAGCACGGUAAAAUUGGCUCAUUGCAAUGGCGGUUUUUACUGGGGAUGAAGAUGCAGUAUUCUUUAUUCUCUCUCAUGCUUACAUAAUUAAUUAAAUAGAUUUAGACUGACUUGUAUAUAUGAUUAUUUGCUGGAGUUAUGUAUAACAAAAUUAACAGUGUUGAAAAUUACAUCAGUGAUGUUGAUGUUUGAGUAAACUCGCAGUGCAGAACAUGAACAAAUAGCUGGACAGCCUUUCUCUCCUUUAAUAAUGGGAAUAACAGUGAUCAUAGGUCUCAUUUUCCAUUAGCCACAUUGAAAAUGUAUUCUAGUUGCCAUUUAUAAAUUUAUCUUCUGAUAAUAAAUGCUGUUUAAUGUAAAAAAAUCUCUUUCUCCUUUAUUGAAGGUGGGUACCUCAMAGUCGGAGUAAGUAUGACUAAUAAUAUCCCACUUACAUUUUAGUUUGAAUUUAAUUUGGAAAAGUCAGUGUAUGAAACUGCAUCUUCCGCAGCAGUCGAGUCUUAAGAUCAUUCAGUAAAUCCAUGCUGCUCCCACAUCCUCAUCAUUACACCCAUGCUUAUAAACCCCAGCACUUUCAAAUGUCUCCACUCAUGUGCAGGUAAUAAAGGAGUUUAUUUGAGAUUAAAAUUUUGGGGAGAGGGAGGACUGAAAAGGAAAAACUUGAAAUAAGCACUGUUACAGAAAAUACUACCUUAAGAAGCCAGCUURUGUUAUUGUGAUAUGCCUUUGCCUGGGAUACAUGACUGGAGAAGUGCACAAAGAAAUUUAAGGAUUGUUGUAUUUUCACCGUUUCGCUAUAGCACAGCAGUUGCUGUGUAAUGUAUGCUUAUGAAGUCAUGCCCAUUGGAACCUUGAAAAGGCUUCAAUUCUCUGCAAUAAAUCAGGUUUUGGCAUAAAAAUGUAAGGAUACUGCAUCUUUAGAAAUCAAAGCAUCUUGAAAGCAUUUUACUAUUCUUGUAACCAUUGAAAUAUUCUGUAAUAUAUGUGAUAAUGGAGAAGUAUUUUCAAACUCAGAUUUUACAUGGAAUGUUAAAUAAGUUUAAUGAAGUAUGUUUUUAAACAACCCUUACGUUUAGUUUUCAUCAGGAAGACUGUUAAGAUAAAGCCUUGCAAAGCUUAAACACAAAACACAAGAAGUAAAUUGUUCUGUUUUAUCAGAGCAUGUUUUCUCUGCAAAAUGGAGUGGCCACUUCUUUGCUGUUUUGCAGAUGGUGUGUGAUAAUAGCAAAAUUUUACCAAGUCCUUCAGUGUCAAAUAAGUCAGUGCUCAAUGUCUUUGACUGAAUAAAGGAAGAAAACACUUAAACAAAAUGAAAACCAUAUGAAACGUUUGGCGUUUUGUGAUUUUUUUUUUUACUUCUGGCAUUUUACAAUGAACUGCAGAUACAGGAAUGGCAAACGCUCWUAUGAUUUUAUUUCUUCUUGUAUUUCCUUGACUACACUGCAUCUUGAUUAAAGGUUGCAGAGCUGAAAUAGGCAGCUGCUUUUUGCUGAUUCCAGGGGAGUUUAGUCUUCUAGGUGCAGUAACAUGUCAAGAAUAUCCACUGUAGCAGGACAGUUCUGGUGGUUAAUACACACAUACACUUCAGUGAGAUAGCCUAAAAUCUAUUUCAAAAGGUGAAACAGAAACUGAAAGUGCCUGUAAUUAGAACUGAUGGGAUGUUCCUAUACUUUUACACAGCAAUAACUUAAUGGGAUUCUGUUAACAAUAAGGUGAAAAUGAAAUUUUACUUGUAGAACAAUAAUGCAGCACRGAAACAAACACAAAGUGCCAUUUGUAUGUUCACAUGUUGAGAUACUGUGUUAGAGGUUUUAGUUAUUUUCUCAGAUAACAUCUGUCAUAUAUUUGUAAGAAGAAAGUCUUAGUUUACAAAUGACUCGUAGCUGUACCGAUUUUCAGUAGGCGUGAUUGGAGGUUGUUGUCAAAGCAGUGUUUUAGGGGAUUUCUUCCYCAUUUAUGUUGGAUAUGCCCAUGUACCCAGGGUAUUCUCUAGUGAAGUAAUCAAAAAAYCAGCAAUAAGCCCAAUGGAGCUUUUUUUUAGGGAAUAUGAUAGAACAGGGAUUCUCUUGAAAAAUCCUCUGCAUUGAACUCUGGAAACACAAGCGUUCACCUUGUGUCUCCUUCCUAUUCAUUGKUUAAUGCUCAUAGUAUUUAAUAUCAUCUGGGUUGACUUCAUGAGUGGACAAAAUAUAUCACUUCUGUUUCUUUUGGGGACAAGUGAGUGAAAAAUYGGGAACUGUCAGUCUAGAGACUAUUUGAAUAGCAAACAAGAAGUCAGUAUUCCUAAAAUGAAGUAUGGAGAUUUUUAUAUUGAGUGGCCYAAACAUUUGCAUCAAUAGACUAAUUGAUUUUACCAGAAAAUGGCCAGCUGUGAUUCUUGGACUCUUUUCUCAAGUUUUUUUGGUAAAUAUUAACUACUGCUAAUGGAUUCUUAAAAUAGCAGUGUAAUGCCAGCCCUCAUGCUUCUUCUGUUUUUAAAAAUUAAUUUAUUGGAAGUCAAAAUGUAACUGGUUGUCCUAAUGACUUUGCCAAGGAAGAUUGCUUUCUGUCCUCUGAAUUUGUACUUGUCAUUUAUCCAGGCAAAAUUUUGUACUUGAAAAAUUCUGCAUUUUGUCUAGACUUYUGCUGCCAUCAGUGGAUUGCUGCUGGAGUCUCACCGAGGCUCACACACAAAUGAAAGUGCAGGUGCAAAAAUAAAAACCCAAAAAAGCGCACAGGGUUGUGCAUGUAAAAAWUAGAUAUUAAUGUGCAUGAGUUAAUUAUGUGACAAGGCUGCUCAUUCAGUAACAAAUUUAAAUGUUCACCACUGGCAGAAAUAAUCCCAUCAGAACAUGUAUAUACUUUCUCUGUUGUCCCGAGCAUAAUCUCCAGAUGUUAAGCACGUAAAAGAAUACAACUCAUGCUGGGGGUUUUAGGAGAGACCAGGGAAUGUGUCCUCAGAAGGACAAAAGAGCCAUCAGUUCCUCACCCUGAAGCUGUUCCUGGACUGGAGUAUUAGGUUCUUUGUUYUGUAGUAACAACACUACAAGGGGGCACACUUAGAAAUCUGCCAUGUUGGAUGGUUUGGCUGAUUCCAGCCCUACAUGUGUCAGUUCUUCUGUAGGAAAGGGCAACUUGUCUUCACCUUCCCAAAAAGAGCCAGUUUUUUUUUUCCCCUUCAUUCUGAAAAAAACAGACUCUGAGUUGGGGUUUUGGUUUGUUUUUUGUUUUGGUUUGGUUUUUUUGGUUUGUUUUAUUUUUUUUUUAGUCUGUUUUGUUUUGUUCUGAUUUUUUGGUUUUGUUUGGGAUUGAGCUGUUUGUUUUUUUCUUUUCCAGCAUUCGUCUGUAGCAGCUCAUGCUCACUGACUUUAAAUUAUGAAAUAAAAUUAAUUGGCCGUGUGGUAAUUUUUACAUUAUUCAAUACCAAGUUUUCCAGUCCUCCAGAGAAGCAAAACUGCACAUGUGAAUUUUAGCUGUUACAAAAAUAAGAAUUAAAAAACUUGCGAUCCUGUUGUCCAUAGGAAUCACCUGCAACAUCUUUCCCACUUCAGAGUCAGAAGCUUCAGUGAACAAAAGUGCUCUCAGUUACAAAAGAAGAGGWGGUUCACACAUUGACUUGCUAAACCUUGCUCUGUGCUGUGACCUCUGCAUUUAAAAAACAAUAAUUCAGUGUCUGGUAAGGGACCACAGGUGAUGGCUUUGAUGGAUUGUCAUAAGCAUGAACCAUGAAAUGCACAAAUAUGUUCAGAUACUGCUUUUCUCCCUCUUCCUUUCUAGAUAUAAAAGAGCUUUGGUAAGACAGCUUGAGCCAAAUCUUGAUGGCUGAACAAAUAUUUUUCACUAUUCAGAGUUCAUGUCAUUCCUGGUUUCAGACUUUUUCACUCCUGCAUUUCCAUCUUAAAAAAAAACAAAAAAAAAAACCAAAAAAAACCAAAACAAAACCUGCAUGGUUUCAUGGUUUUAUUUCUUUCCUGGUUCUCCUAUACACAUCUUCCUUGGUAGUGUAGGUUCUUCACUGAACACCUACACAAUAUGCUCUCUUAACCUUCUGUCUGUCCUUACUAAGCUGAAUUUCCCAUUUGCACAUUUGUAAAAUAUACACAUUGAUAGUAAUUACUGAAAUUUCAUGCACCAUCAGCCUUAAGACCUUCAACCCACACACAGACACAUGCAUUCAUACACAUCAAGGGAAAGAGAGAUUUGGACACUGCUAUCAGCAUGUGGGGUCAAAAAUACCAUUGAAUCAGAAAGUUCUUUCAGCUGUGUUUAGGGAGAAACAACAGCACUGAAAAAUACCAUUCUUGGCCAAGUUACUUAUGGAAGAAGCAAAUUCCCCUAUGGCAUUAUUUGAAUGAAAACCUAAGAUGGGAUUGUAUUUGGCCCCAAAUUGUUCCUUUUAAUCAGAGUGUUGUUAUAUGUACCAAUGAGUGUUCAUUUGAUCCUCCUGUGUAAAAAUACAAAAACAUCCCGUAGUUUACCAAGCAACUCAUUUGGGACUGAAGCUUCACAGCAAUGGGAUUAGGAAGUACAGCACCUCAAUCUUUUUCCUAGGUAAGAUGCAAAAGGGAGGGCCAUUAUCGGGAACCCCAUAGAGAUUGUAGUGUCAGUAGAGCUCCUACAUUUAAAAGGAAUAAAAAUACCAGUGCUAGCAGGCAAACAUAUUAGAUUUGUAGUCUUUCUUUUGCCUUCUUUUCAAAAGCUUUUAAAUACAAAGAUUACUUUUCUUCAAAAAUUAAACUUCUGAAAAUCUAAUUUCCCAAUAGUUUCCUCUGCAUUUAUAUACUAUGUAGUGUUUAGGCAAUGCCUAUGUUAUAAGUUUAUUAAUAUUAUGUAAGUGUUGUUCUUGUAUUUAUGUAUAGUGUAUGUAUUGUAAAUAUACUCAGAGCUUUUUUUCCUCUUACUGUACAAAGGUGAUUUUUGCCCUAUGAUAAUGUAAAGGGAGUCCCCUAAGGAAAUUCUGUCAGAGGAUGAUUAUUCCACUCUAUUCUCAAAGAUUUAAAUGAACAAGUGUUAUUGUUUUAAAUGGUGUCUCAGACAUAUUUUGUUGGUGCAUUGCUUUUCUGUAUUCAACUUUCCUAUGAAUUGAGCUGUGAAUUGAAAUAGAGUUUAAACCUUUAAAUGUAUGCAUUUGUACAAUUAUCUGAAUGGAGGCAUGAAGGUUAAAUAAAGCAUUUUGUAUGGAACAAACCCCCUAAUUAUUACUGUGGAUGACUCAAACUUUCUGGAAUACACAGUUAUUAACUUUUUUGAAUUAAACCUUUGUUUUCUAUGAACAUAUAGUGAUUUUUUAAUGGAAUGUUUACUUAAGAAAUGGAUUUUACUUGCUUUUCUGAUUUUUUAAAAGCCGUCAUAGGGAGCAGACAUUCUUUCUCCGUUCACAGAUUUUGUGCAUCUGUGGCAAAGCUGGAACAAAUAAAAU